AAAUAAUCUAAAAAUAGAUACAUUUUUUAUUUAAAACACCGACCAAUUUUCAACAGUGUACAUUUACAAAACAGUGUCCAAAAAAUAAUUACCUACCAUGAAGUUUAUUUGCAGUUUUUUUUUGUUUUUGUUAGUUCUUGUCCAACUGACAUAUUCAAGAGAAAUCAACUGCAAUAAUAGAGAGUUUGUUUGCUAUGAUCAAAACAGAUUUUAUCAGUGUGUCCAAAAUGGUGCGAAAAGAGUCAUCACAGGUGAUCUUCAAAAUUGUCCAAAAGGUUUUAACUGCAACAAUGAUGCCGACAUGGAAUGCGACAACGAAAUAAUUUUCAUUGAAGAAAAGGAAAAUGAAAAAGUUCCCAUUAGAGAAAAACGAGAAUCAAUUAUGUUGGAUGUGAUAGAAAAACAAGUGGAAAGUGACAAUGAAAAUCAAAUUCAGGAUUCUUUGUACAAUGAAUUUUAGAUAAAAUGUACUUAAAUGUAUUAUUUCAAUGUAAUAAAAGAAUUAAAAUUAUAUAAAUAUA